AUGACGACCCCGGUGCCGAUGGACGGCACCGAAGUCGAGUUCCCGAGCAACAGCGUCGUCUAUCAGCGCGUGAAGCACCGCCUGCCGGCGAAGUCCUUCUUCAAUACCCACUGGUACACUGGCAUCAUCAUUAUUGUGCUGGUGGUGCUUGCCGCUUACAUGGUACUGGCGCUGUGGGUUUGCUACCACUUCGAGUACUCGGAGCAGCGCAAGGCGAAGAAGGUGGUGGCGCACGCGUACGUGACGAACGGCUUCUUCGAUCUGGGCCGCGGUACGACGGGCUUGCGUGCACAGCGGGGUCGUCGCAGCAGCAGCAACAGCAGCGAACGCAGGACGACAGUGCUCAAUGCUCAUCCUUCCGCAUCCCGCGACGAGCGCGAAGAGACUCACAUCUGGCACAGCGGCAGCGACAGCACGACGACGUCGGAGAGCGACGAAUAUGUUGUGUUGCACGUGAACCCGCUUCAGCCGCAGGGCGUGGUGCUGAGAACACGUGCCACCUGA